UCGUGUGAUAUCGGAUGUCUGUCUUCUCUGUGUUCUGUUUUCUUUUUUUUUCCCCUCUCCCCCUCUGGCCCUGUCUUCUUAUGUGGUGGCAGCGAUUCUGGUCAAUUCGUAGCGGAGCCUUGGAAAUGAUUCUAGUCUAAUGGAUGCGCGAAUCGUGCAGGAUGCGGAGAUUAUUGUUCCGUUCUGAUAAAAAAUAAAAAAUAAAAAUAAGACGGAAAUCUUAUUGGAUUCGAGCGCUGAAACGUUAAGAGGACGCAAUUCAGACGCGGAUCUUUUCCAGGUGUGUGAUGAGACAAAGAAACAAAGGAUGCCUUAGAGAGGAGGUUGCCUGUACGCCUGGAAACCUCUUCAAAGCGCGCCACCAAAUGGAUCAAACGCCUCCCCCUGCCACCUCCAGAUCAUGAUACUCGGCUGAAGCUAUUCCACUACAUUUAUGAUCCCUCCUCCAUCUAUGGCGAACUAUAGCCAUGCAGGGGACCACACCAUCUUGCAGAAUGUUUCUCCUCUUGCCACAUUCCUCAAAUUAACCUCCCUGGGUUUCAUCAUUGGAGUCGGUGUGGUAGGGAACCUCCUGAUCUCCAUCCUGCUGGUCAAAGACAAGAGCCUGCACCGAGCACCCUACUAUUUCCUGCUGGACCUGUGCGCCUCGGAUAUCCUACGCUCCGCUAUCUGCUUCCCCUUUGUCUUCACCUCUGUAAAGAAUGGAUCUGUCUUAACCUACAGCAUACUGACCUGCAAAGUGAUUGCCUUCCUCGGUGUGCUCUCCUGUUUUCAUACAGCAUUCAUGCUCUUCUGCGUCAGCGUCACCCGCUACCUGGCCAUCGCGCAUCACCGCUUCUACACCAAGAGGCUGACGUUCUGGACGUGCUUGGCCGUCAUUUGCAUGGUGUGGACGUUGUCGGUGGCCAUGGCGUUCCCUCCGGUGCUAGACGUCGGGACGUACACGUUCAUCCCGGAGGAGGACCAGUGUACGUUUCAGCACCGCUCCUUCAGGGCGAACGACUCGCUGGGCUUCAUGCUCCUGCUGGCGCUCAUCCUUCUGGCCACGCAGCUGGUUUACCUCAAGCUCAUCUUCUUCGUCCACGACCGCCGAAAGAUGAAGCCCGUCCAGUUCGUGCCUGCCGUUAGCCAGAACUGGACCUUCCACGGGCCGGGCGCCAGCGGGCAGGCUGCGGCCAACUGGCUGGCUGGGUUUGGCCGCGGUCCCACCCCGCCUACUUUGCUGGGGAUCCGACAGAACAGCAACGCAGCGGGCCGCAGACGUCUUCUAGUGCUCGAUGAGUUCAAAACGGAGAAGAGGAUUAGUAGGAUGUUCUACAUAAUGACAUUUUUCUUCUUGGCUCUGUGGGGGCCCUACCUGGUUGCCUGCUACUGGCGCGUGUUUGCCAGGGGCUCUGUGGUUCCUAGAGGGUACUUGACAGCAGCCGUGUGGAUGAGCUUUGCCCAGGCCGGGGUCAAUCCUUUCAUCUGCAUCUUCUCCAACAGGGAGCUUCGGCGCUGCUUCAGCACCACACUCCUCUACUGUAGAAAAUCCAGGUUACCGAGGGAACCCUACUGCGUUAUAUGACGGUUUUGCUGGGGUUUUUUACUCAACUAUGUCUUGGUUACCCUGGUUUAUCUUGAUGUGGGCUUGUCCCAGUUGUACAGCUCUUGUUCUACGCCCUUCCCCUUCAACCUCCUGGUUUUCCCUUGCUCCUCCUUCUCAGAGGGUGGAGGGUGGACUGCCGAUCACGCGGCUCUGCGUGGGUGAUUAAAUUACAAAAAGUCCAAUUCAACAUGGAGACCGAAUGGAAUGGGAAUAUAGAGAAGAUAUGGAUCCCCUCCUAUGUUUAUGUUCUAGUAAACAGACAUUGUGGAAGGCCAUGCCGAUGCAGAAAAGCAAAAAGUAAAAAAAAAAAGGUUUUUUUUUUCUUUCCUUUGACAAAACGAUGAAAACAAAACCUCCUGCUUUGGAUCUUUCGAAGACGAGUUACUCUGUGAUGUGUGAAAUACAAAAAAUAAAAAUAAAAAAGUUUAAAAAGUGAACAUGUAAUGAAGAAACAAUACCUCUCAAGGAAUCAUUGGAAAUGUUUUACAGUUUAAGAGUUGCACUAAAAAGAAGAUGUAAAGUUGCAUUUCUUUGGUCGAUGGUUGCCAUCUGCAUUGCAAGGACAACUUUUUUUCCUCCCUCUUUGUUUUUGUUCUCCUUCAGCGUAAACGAUGAAUGCUUUAAUUUGCAACAGACAACACAAUUGUCUUUACCGUACGUAAAGCAAAACUUGGUGACGUUGGGAUACACACCAUCACAAGAGGAUGAGAUGGUUUUAAUGUAAGUGGUUUCCUUUUCAAUUUACCGGGAGGGCGGGCGGGCGUUACCGGGGGCGAGGGUUUACCAUUUGUGGUUUUUUUUGGUUUUUUUGAAGUUGCAACUUUAAGACUAGAAAUUAUUUCUUGUAGUUUUACGAUCCAUAUGUCCAUAGUCCAUAGUCUCGCAUUGUUACUUUCUUAACUGAUUUUAUGAGAAUAAAAUAAAAUAAAAGAUGGAGCAAUGUAUGGGUUCGGAAUAAAAAAACAAAAAGACUGAUUUUUAAAGAACAAAAACAAAACGGAUCUUGUGCUUAAAAAAAAAAAGACAUUGAAGACGUAGUUUAAUGUUUCAUCAUAUCCAUGUACCUAAACACUAUCAUAUUGUGACAGUAUUGCCGAUGCCACUCCGGGUGUUCUUGCCUUAAUGGUGAUGAUAUUGUCAUGUUUUUUUUAAUUAUUAUUAUUUAUUCCCAUUCAGUCCUAAAAAAAAAAGAAGAAAACGGUUUUUUUUCUUCUUUUGUAGAUGCAAGGGGAGCUGUUUUCUUUUUCUUUCUUUCUUUGUCACAUCAGCGUGAAAUGCAUGUCCAUCUUUUUUAAAAAGCUGGUCCACUCCCAUGAGCAUCGCAGGCCGUACACUGAGCAGCCCAUUUUUUAUUCUGCAAUGGUUUGCUACACCCCACAGAGUGCGGCGAGCACAGCGAGAGAGAGAGAGAGAGAGUGUGUGUGUGUGUGUGUUGCAGUGGAUGUGUAUUACAGCAAAGAUGUGCGUGAGCUUGACAACCUUCACUUCAAGACCAGAGCCUUAGUAUGAAAUCUUGCACAAUUUGUAAAAAACAUAAAAGGAAAAAAAAAAGAAAAGA